AUGCCGAUACUUAACCACACAGAGAAUGUCCAGAUUUCGGGAGGGACGUUCCUUGAUAUCGCUGGGGAUGCGUAUGGUGUUGCGGGGCCCAUGGUCGUUCAUGACUUUAUCGAUGAAGAAGGGAAUGUCGUUGCUGCCGGAGGCAACGACGUGGAUGAAUUCGAAGAAGGGGGAAACGACGACUACGAAGACCACGACGACCACGACGACGAGGAGGAGCGCCGCCAGCGACCAACUGGGUUGACUACGACGUGGCCUUUGGACGUGGGCGGUACUGUGAUCAAUGGCGGGACGUUCGUCGACGUCGCUGGGAAUGUGUAUAACAUCCAUCAUCACCACCAUUAUUACUAUCGUCGUCGCCGUCGCUCUGAAGAAUCGGAGUCUGAUGGAGAAUGCGCAGACAAAGAGGGUACAGUUCCUUCCAUUCGACUCUAG